AUGGACCCGAGAGACACAGCCCCGGAUUCAUGGGAGCUGGAGGAGGAUGCCGAGGCCCCAGCUCCGGCGGCGGAGCUCCCAGCCGCCUUCGCUGCCCUCAAUGUCAACGCCAAGCCGUUUGUCCCCAAUGUGAAUGCCCCGGUGUUUGUACCGAGCUUCCUUCAGGCCAGCAACGCCGAAAUGCCGGGCUCAGACGGUCCCCCUGAACCAGCUGCAAACAUGGAGGUGGCAGACACAGCCGCUCCAGUGGAGAAUGGAAACACAGAGGCUGACAUGACAGUGGAGGAGGAAACAUGGGAGCAGAAGGAGGAGCCCGGGGGAGGAGAGGGAGGUGGGGGACACGAAGGUCUUGGAACAGAGGGAGGAUGCGAAGAGGCCGGGGCUUCUGGGAAAGAAGACGAUGAGAUGAUGGAGGAAGAAGAGGAGGAGAUACCCAUUCCUAAGGUGGCUCCACCGCCGCCUGAUGCACCCAAGAAAGAGCAUGUGAACGUGGUCUUCAUUGGUCAUGUCGAUGCUGGUAAAUCGACCAUUGGAGGACAGAUCAUGUACCUAACUGGAAUGGUGGACAAGCGAACCCUGGAAAAAUAUGAACGAGAAGCUAAAGAAAAGAACCGGGAGACAUGGUAUUUGUCGUGGGCUCUUGACACAAAUCAGGAGGAGAGAGACAAAGGGAAGACAGUGGAGGUCGGGAGAGCUUACUUUGAGACGGAGAAAAAACAUUUUACCAUCCUGGACGCUCCGGGACACAAGAGCUUCGUCCCCAACAUGAUUGGGGGAGCGUCGCAGGCCGAUCUAGCUGUUCUGGUAAUUUCGGCAAGAAAGGGUGAGUUUGAGACGGGAUUUGAAAAGGGUGGACAGACGAGGGAGCAUGCCAUGCUGGCUAAAACGGCCGGAGUAAAACAUCUCAUUGUUCUGGUCAACAAGAUGGAUGACCCCACUGUGAACUGGAGCCUAGAGAGGUAUGAGGAGUGUAAAGAGAAGCUGGUGCCAUUUUUGAAGAAGGUGGGCUUCAACCCUAAGAAGGACAUCCAUUUUAUGCCUUGUUCUGGACUCACAGGUGCCAACCUCAAAGACCCCGUGCCUGAGUGCCCCUGGUACACAGGUUUGCCAUUUAUUCCCCACCUGGACAGUUUGCCAAACUUCAACAGAUCCAGCGACGGACCCGUUAGACUACCAAUCGUGGACAAAUACAAGGAUAUGGGCACAGUCAUUCUCGGGAAGUUGGAGUCUGGCUCUAUCAGUAAAGCUCAGCAGUUGGUCAUGAUGCCAAACAGGCACACCGUGGAGGUACUGAGCCUCCUCAGUGACGACGUGGAGACGGACGAUGCGGCGCCUGGGGAGAACCUGAAGCUGCGGCUGAAAGGAAUAGAGGAGGAAGAGAUUCUCCCUGGGUUUAUCCUGUGCAGCCCGGACAAUCUGUGCCAUUCUGGACGCACCUUUGAUGCCCAGAUCGUCAUCAUUGAGCACAAGUCGAUCAUCUGCCCCGGUUACAAUGCAGUCCUUCACAUCCACACCUGCAUUGAAGAAGUGCAAAUCACAGCAUUAAUCUGCCUGGUUGAUAAAAAGACGGGAGAGAAAAGCAAGACGCGGCCGCGCUUUGUGAAGCAGGACCAGGUGUGCAUCGCCAGGCUCCGGGCAGCAGGGGUCAUCUGCUUAGAGACCUUCAAGGACUUCCCCCAGAUGGGACGAUUCACUCUAAGAGAUGAAGGUAAAACUAUCGCCAUCGGCAAAGUCCUGAAGCUUGUUCCAGAAAAGGACUAAAUGCACCAGCGCCAGCAUGCAUGGAGUUCUUUCACCUGUUACCCGGCGGGGAAACGCUGCCAGAGCCGACUCAGACAGCUACUCUCUCUCUUUCUCUCUCUGUCUCUCUCUCUCUCUCUUUAAAAACAUCUUUGUUGAAGAUAAGAUGAACACCAACGAGGGAGGAGGAGGAAUAAAAGUCAUGUCAUGUGAAGAAAAAGAAAACAAGACUGAAUCAGUUUUUUAUGAUGAACAAUAUAUA